CUGGCGGAGAGAAGCGGGGCUGCACGCUGCCUGCGGGAGGACUCCAGCGACGCGCUGCAGCGGGUCCCAUCCGUCUGUCUGUCCCUCAGUGUCCGGACCCCGCAGUGAGUCCCCACGCCGCAGACAGGACAGCCACUGCGGCCUGAGCUCUGUCUUCCAUCGGUCUCCUCCGGCAUCCGGAGAGAUCCAACCACUGAGAGCCGAGGAGGAGGAAGAGGAGGAGGAAGAGGAGGAGGAGGAGGCACUGCAGCAGACAUGCCGGCCGCGCGCUGCUUCUUCAUCACACUGACCGCUCUUCUCUCCAGCGGCGAUGCCUUCUCACUGGGUUUACCCCGGCAGGUCAAACCCCUCGGCCCCCCGCUGGUCUACCUCCUCCAGGAAGAAGGUCCCACCCUGUCUCGCUUCAUCCAGGAAGUAGUCAGGACCAAACGCCACUCGGUCCAGGAGUUAGUCCAAACCCAGCCUCACCUGGGCCACUAUACGGGCCGACCGGAGAACCAUGAAACGCCCCGUUCUCAGGAGAUGGACUCCACUGACUCCUCCCAGCUGCAGCCAGUGCCGCCUCCACAGGAAGUAGCCAGGACCAGACCCGCUGUGGAGGAAAACCUCGGGGUGGAGGACGAAAUGGAGCGUAUGGUCCAUCUGGUGGUUCCUCGGAAAGAACCAGGCUACAGGGGACCUCCUGACUCCUCAGACCCAGAGAAGGAACUCCUCACCGGACCGGGAGCUGGAGACACCUCCCUGGAGGCCUCAGGCUUCUAUGGAACAGACAUGGAGGACAGAGACAGAGGAGAGGAGGAAGGAGAGGACAGAGAGAGAAGAGGAGGAGAGGAGUGGGAGAUGGAGGUGGGGGAGGACAUGGAGAGGAGAGAGGAUAGAGAAGAAAAAGAAAGGAGAGGAGAAGACGACACUCACUCAAGCCCAGAUCUGGAGGCUUUAAUUGGAUACAGAACCUCCAGCUCCAACCACACCAGCCCCCCCCUCCCAGCUGAGGGGCGUGAUACUGGGCUGCAGCUGAAGGCGGAGAGAGAGCUGUGGGUCUCCAGUGGGGACGGAGACCUCCACCCCUCGGCCCCUGCAGCUAGUACUACUUCUACCACUAAUGCUGGAGGAACGCCCCCCCCCGAGACGGACACGGGGACAGACUUCGGGCUCCUGGGGAGCUACACUCAAGAUGUCGAGGACGAAGAGACAGAGAGGGACGAGGAGGAGGACCGAGAGGCCGGCUUGCCACACAGGGACACAAUUACCCAGAAGCCCACAGAGGCGGAGGGGGGUGUGGCUCCCAGCAGGAGGCCGCUGCAGCCCAGUGUGAAGGAAGAGGAGGGAGAGCGGGAGGUUUCCCCGCUCACCACCGGCCCCUCCCCCACCUUCAGCUUCACCCACCCCUCCCGUGAUUGGCUGGAGAGGACCACGUCGUCCCCGAGAUCAGAGGUCAGGGGCAGCAGGGCCACAGAGGUCACUGGCUUUGAUGAGCUUAAGGAGGCGCGGCAGGUGACGUGUGUGGACUGGAGCAAACUGUCAGAGCGAGGAUACGUCCUCCUGAACACCACGGAGAACCUCAGCUGUGAAGAGUUCCGUCUGGACCGUGGCGUCCGGCUGUUGAAGGUCAUUGAGGGAGUGUUUGCUCAGAGGAUGAACAGCCCUGAAGGAUCAUGGGAAGUUUACCUCAGCAAGCCAACACACCAACGGCAACAGCUGCUGAUGAACGUGGUGUCUGAGCACGGAGUCAUGGCCACCAAGGAGGUGCUAAGCAUGCUGGGAGAGAUCCGGAGGAUGCUGAGUCAGGUGGGCAUUCAGACCUUCAGUCCUCCCAGUACCUGUCGAACUGGUCCCAGUCCGACUCGCAGUGACUAUGGGAAGCUGUUUGUGGUUCUUGUGAUCAUCGGCUCCGUGUGCAUGAUCAUCAUCACGUCUGGAUUCCUCUACAUCUGCUGGCAGAGACAUCUGCCAGGGACCAAGACCACGUUCCGUACUGAGGAACUUCACUUCGUGGAAAACAGUUGCCACGACAACCCCACGCUGGACGUAACCAACGACAACCAGCCCGAGAUGCGCGAGAAAAAGCCAACCACCAAUGGGCUCGCAGCGGGAGGAGAAGGGGGCGGGUCUGAGAGCAGCCGCUGGAAGGUGUUUGUGAAUCAAGCAGCUUCAGAGGAGGAAGAGGAGGAGCAGGACACUCAUCUCUGAUUGAGGAAGAGGAAGAGGAGAUGUGAAGGUCUUUGACGGACGGGUGAGAAGUGGAGCCUAGAUGGAAGAAGAGAGAGGAGGAUGGAUCUGGGACUGAGUGGGAGGAGUCACUGACGGAUUCACCUUGAAUCCGAGUUGAAGAGAGAUGCACAGGUGAUGUCGGACGUGGAGGUCACCUGACGAAGCACCUUGGUCCACCUGAAUGUCGAGCUUCUGCUUCAUGUCAAUCAGAGGUUACUUUGAAGUACUCUCCUAAUCACAUAUGAAAGAUUUAGUUUCUCUACAAGUUCAUAUUUGAUGAGCUUCUAAUGUCCUGAAUUAAAAUAGAUAAAAGAUGAAGUAUUCCUCUGUCGCCACCAGCUACCGUCCAAUGAUAUUUACAUAUGAUGCAAUAACACGCUCCUCAGUGCUGUACUUUUAUGAACUAAUGAGACACCUACACAUACAACGAUACUCUAUAAAGCUAUACACACGCAUAUAUAAAGGGUUUGAACAUCUGAAACACUUACAUAUGUAAGUAUAUGUAUGUGUAUAUGACCCAGCAGUGUGUAGGUGUGUUUCAGAUGAUGUAUAAUGUUUUAUGUAUAUGUGUGUGUAGGUUUACAGAGGAUGUGUGUGUGUGUGUGUGUAAGUGUCCUCCAUGGUCCCUCAUAUACUUGUUGAAUGUAGCGCAGUAUUUCACGGCGUCCGACUCCUCUCAAUCACAAUCAGAGCUUUGGCUCUUUAUUGAUUCUUCAGUUCUGUCAUUGAGUCUGUAGGCGGGUCAUGUGACGUCAACAUGUAGAGGUCCGGAGCAUCGAGUCACGGGUCACUGUUCAGUCCCCAGAACCCCCAGAGUCCAAGUCAAAGUCCAUGUCCAUGUUUAAUGUAAAGUGAGUUAGUCCGUGGUGUUUUAUCUGCUUUAAUGGAGUCACUACGGUCUUGUAGACUUGAUGAGGUCAGCGCUCAGUAACUAAGGAAUGAAGUCAUUACUGAGUUGCCAGGCAACACAUACGAUCAAAUCAGCUGGACAGAGAUCCUUUCAAGUGUUUCUGAUCCUCAGUUACACCUCUAUUUACCCUCAAGGAGACCUGCAGACUGAUGGUCUCUCUGCCGAGGACCAGAUGUUGCUGCACAUCUGCAAUCGGUGGAGACGUGGCCCUGUGUUUCUGUCACGAUGUGUGUGGGCUCACUAUAGGGACUGAAGCGUGACCUCUGACCUCCUGCUCCUGAAAGCAUGAAGCUUUCGACUGCAGAGAAUGACACAUAUAUCAAGAGUAUAUAUGUAUAUCUCCUAUAAAAUAUAUUCAUAUACACAUAAAUAGGAGCAUUGCUCGUGAUAAUCAAUAAGUAUUCGUUUGUAGCACCAACAAAAAGAAAGAACCUACUUUUGUCUUUAAUGUUACACAUGUUUGUAUUCCUUCAUUUCACUCUUUGGGUUCUCUGUGUACCAAGUUAUACGGGACAAAUAAAGUUUGAAGAAAAUGA